AUGCAAGACGCGUCCGGUGGUCUUCUUCAUGCACGGACUGUUUGCCACGUCCUACGAGUACCUCUUCAACUUGCCCUCCCAGAGUCCCGCAUACAUUUCGCCGACGCCGGCUUCGACGUCUGGUUGGGAAAUGUGCGAGGCAAUCAGUACGGACUCAAUCAUACCGUUCUCAACUCCAGCGAACCUGGAUUCUGGAACUUUAGGUAAUCGUUUUUAGAGGAAAUUCACUUUAACGGAUGAAUUCAGUUUGUACGAGUAUGCACACUACGAUCUGCGGCAACAAAUUGAAUAUGCCCUCAAGGAGACCGGCCACGAUUCCCUGUUCUACGUCGGUCACAGCCAAGGGACCACUGUAAUGUUCGCUCGUUUGGCAGAAGCCGACACGGCCUGGCAGAACAAAAUACGCAUUUUCUUCGCUUUAGGCCCCACCGCCGGCUUUCUGACGCCCUCGAUGCCGUUGACGUUGCUGGAAAUACAUGACUUGCAGAAAUUGAUUCAAGUAAAGUGUUUAUUGCAUUUUCAAACCAUCCAACUCCAUUUUUACAGUUCGUUCUCGACGGCAAAUUCGGUGUUCUCCCAGUGGCACUUCCUCAUUCGAUAUCCAAGACUCUUGCGGACUUUUGCUCGACAGAAAAUUUGCUUCCGGUGUGUUCGGUCGGAUUUCGAAUAACUUCCGGCGUUGAGAAGUUGGGACAGCUCAAUGUGGUAAAUUUGUGCGAAUGUGGGAAACAUUGAAGAAAGUUCGAAUUGAAUUUGCAGUCGAGAAUUCCCAUAAUUGUCAGUCAUUUCCCAUCCUCCACUUCUACUUUGAACAUACUUCACUGGAUGCAGAUAUUCAAAUUCCACGAGCUCAGAAAGUUGGAUUUGGGUCCUGAUCGGAAUCUGAUUGCCUAUGGACAAACGGAGGCGCCGAAGCUGGAUAUUGGAAAGAUCAAGCCCAAACGAUUUUGUAUUUCAGGUAUGGUAAUAUCGAUUUUUAUGGAUUGAAUCAGCUUAGGUUUUAUUUCCAGCAAAGAUGACCAAGUGACCGACGAGCUGGACGUUCGAGAGAUUCUGAUAAAACAAAUGGGACCGGGACUGAUCGAGUAUUACGAUCUGGACCACUUCUCGCACAUUGACUUUGUCGUCGGCCUGAGAGCCAACGACGAGGUUUACAGACCGAUAAUCUACCGGAUUUAUAAAGAGUUAUCUAAUAAAGGAUGUUGAUUUGAACUGAAAAUUAAGGGAAAAGUAGUAUCAGCAGCAUCGGAACAAAUUGUGAAACCAGAAGCCGAGGUACAGACAAACCACUACCAGUUCGUGUGAUAAAUAUCAAGACCAGGUCAAAGGGCAUGUUGUUUUGCAGGGAACCCGUUUGGCCAUUACUCUCUUACAAAAACGUUCGUAUAAAUAGGAGACGGGCGGUGUCGUUUCCCACACCCUUCUUCAUUUCGAAGUCUGCAAGGAUGAGAUUGAAGGUGUUCGUUCUCUCCACUGCACUUCUCGUGAACUCCGUCAUUGGCGGUGAGUUUUGUGCUGACUACAGUUUGGUUCGAAUACAAUAUUUGUUUUAGGAGGCAGUGGAAGUUACGCAUCUGCAGGCGGUGGAGGCGGUGGAGGAGGAUACCCGACUUCGGGUGGAGGAGGCAGAGGAUACGCUUCGGCUGCUGGAGGCGGAGGAGGUGGGGGAUAUGCUGCCGCGUCGGCGCCACCGCCACCAGCUCCUGCUCCAGCGUUUUCUGGAGGAUACGCUUCUGCUGCAGGAGGUGGAGGAGGAUCAUCGGGAGGAUACUCUGGAGGAGCAGCCGGAGGAGGAUCAUCGGGAGGAUACUCUGGAGGAGCGGCUGCUGCGCCACCACCGCCGCCGCCACCGCCACCACCGCCGCCAGCGCCGGCUCCGGCUCCAUCUGGAGGGGGAUACUCAGGAGGAGCAGCCGGAGGAGGUGGAGGAUCAUCGGGUGGAUACUCAGGAGGAGCAACCGGAGGAGGAGGAGGAUCAUCGGGUGGAUACUCUGGAGGAGCAGCUUCCGCACCACCACCACCGCCGCCACCGCCACCACCGCCGCCAGCGCCGGCUCCGGCUCCAUCUGGAGGAGGAUACUCAGGAGGAGCGACCGGAGGAGGUGGAGGAUCAUCGGGUGGAUACUCUGAGGAGCAGCCGCAGUGCUGCAGCACCAUCCCCGCCACUGCCGCCGCCACCGCCGCCAGCGCCGGCUGGAGGCUCCAUCUGGGGGUGGGAUACUCAGGAGGAGCAACCCGGGGAGGAGGAGGAUCAUCGGGUGGAUACUCUGGAGGAGCAGCUUCCGCACCACCACCACCGCCGCCACCGCCACCACCGCCGCCAGCGCCGGCUCCGGCUCCAUCUGGAGGAGGAUACUCAGGAGGAGCGACCGGAGGAGGUGGAGGAUCAUCGGGUGGAUACUCAUGAGGAGCAGCCGCUGCUGAGCGACCACCCGGGUGCCACUCGCCGCCACCUGCCGCCACCACCGCCACCGCCGCCGCCACCGCCGCCAGCGCCGGCUCCGGCUCCAUCUGGAGGAGGAUACUCAGGAGGAGCGACCGGAGGAGGUGGAGGAUCAUCGGGUGGAUACUCUGGAGCAGCCGCUGCUGCGCCACCACCGCCACCGCCGCCGCCACCGCCGCCAGCGCCGGCUCCGGCUCCAUCUGGAGGGGGAUACUCAGGAGGAGCAGCCGGAGGAGGAUCAUCGGGUGGAUACUCUGGAGGAGCAGCUUCCGCACCGCCGCCACCGCCGCCACCGCCGCCAGCGCCGGCUCCGGCUUCAUCUGGAGGGGGAUACUCAGGAGGAGCGACCGGAGGAGGAUCAUCGGGUGGAUACUCAGGUGGAGCCUCUGCUGCGCCACCACGCCGCCGCCACCGCCGCCAGCGCCGGCUCCGGCUCCAUCUGGAGGGGGAUACUCAGGAGGAGCAGCCGGAGGAGGUGGAGGAUCAUCGGGUGGAUACUCUGGAGCAGCCGCUGCUGCGCCACCACCGCCACCGCCGCCGCCACCGCCGCCAGCGCCGGCUCCGGCUCCAUCUGGAGGGGGAUACUCAGGAGGAGCAGCCGGAGGAGGAUCAUCGGGUGGAUACUCUGGAGGAGCAGCUUCCGCACCGCCGCCACCGCCGCCACCGCCGCCAGCGCCGGCUCCGGCUUCAUCUGGAGGGAGGGAUACUCAGGAGGAGCGACCGGAGGAGGAGGAUCAUCGGGUGGAUACUCAGGUGGAGCCUCUGCUGCGCCACCACCGCCGCCGCCACCGCCGCCAGCGCCGGCUCCGGCUCCAUCUGGAGGGGAUACUCAGGAGGAGCAGCCGGAGGAGGUGGAGGAUCAUCGGGUGGAUACUCAGGAGGAGCAGCCGGAGGAGGUGGAGGAUCAUCGGGAGGAUACUCAGGAGGAGCAGCUUCCGCACCGCCGCCACCGCCACCACCGCCACCGCCACCACCGCCGCCAGCGCCGGCUCCGGCUCCAUCUGGAGGGGGAUACUCAGGAGGAGGAGGAGCCGGAGGAGGUGGAGGAUCAUCGGGUGGAUACUCAGGAGCAGCAGCUUCCGCGCCACCACCAUCGCCGCCAGCUCCAUCAGGAGGAAGGUAUUCUGGAAGCGCAGCAGGAGGAGGAGGUCCAACCGGCGGAAGCGGCUACUCUGGAAGCCGCAUCGCCCGUCAUCGUGUCUUCUAG